AUGGCUAAUAACCAAACUUCGGGAUCGGAGUUAUCUUUCAGAAAUUUUCGUCAAUAUUCUCCAUUGAUCCUUCAUGCAAACAGUAUUGCCAGUGGUCUUUUAUUUAAUUAUUAUUAUUCAUAUCUUAAUCGACAAAUUGGUUCAACGAAUAAUAUUUUUAUAAAAUUUAUUUUCAAUGAAAUUCUUUCUCGAGAUUUAUUUCCUUUGACAAUUUUUGUUAAAUUUCACACAUUGAUCGAAAAAAGUUUUCUUGAGAAAAGUCCAUCAACUGUCGAAUCUGAUGGAAUUCAGUCAAUUCAAUCGAAAAUUCUUCAAUUCAAAUUUGAUCAAAUUUCUCAAGAAAAUUCCACAACAAUUGUCAAUUAUUCGUUAAUCGGUGUUAAUGAUUUUGGAAUUUCUCUUCAAUUAAUUCGGAUCUUUCAAGAUGAUUUUCCAUUGGAUAAUUUAAAUGAAAUUCAAUUGAAUGACGAUAUACGAGAAUGGAAUUAUCAAUAUAUUCCUUUAUUUGCAACUCAUUCAGAGAAUGAACAUAUUAUUAAAAUAUUUGAAAAAACCGAUGAUUCAACAAAGAAAUGUUAUUUUUUACCGUCAAUUCAACGCUCGAUGUAUGAAGAUGGAAAUGAUGGAGUGAAUACAAUGAAAAAGACGAGUAGAGAUUGUUAUAAUUUGUAUAGAAAUGAUCCAAAGAUCAAAAAUAGCAAAACAAUCAAGAAGAUUAAGAUGAUUCCUGAAUAUUUUCUGAUAAUGCCAUCUUCAUGUGAUUUUGGUUCACCUUGUACAGCUGAUCCCAAAGAAUCUGAUGAAAUUCCUCCUGAAGGAAUAAUCAAAGAUCGAAAUGAUGAAAAGAAAAUUCGAUUAGCUUGGGUUAAUGGCGAAGUUCUUCGAUCUCGUCCAAUGUAUCGAUAUAAUCGAUAUUUACGUCGUACUUAUUAUUAUUUUGAUGAAUUUGAUAUUGAAGGACAUAUUAUUCGAUAUUUAUUUUGUGGUGAACAUCCAUUUAUUUUAUCAACUCUUCAUCAAUUAACCAAAUCUGAACAAAUCUCUUCGUCACAAAAAUACAAUGAAUAUUUACGAUUUUGUUCAAUGUUAAAUCGAAUCAUUGAAAUUGAAUCUUUACAAAAUUCAAUCAAAUUAAUUUCUUUCAAUGAUUAUGGCGGAAUCGACUCAAUCAAUUAUGCCGAUUAUCAAUCAUUAUCGGAACAAAUUCGAAGAGAAAUUGAUCAAUGGGAUGAAAUAACUUCCGAUCUGUUCUCAUCUCAUUUUAUUGAAUCGAUGAUACUCAACAGUGAAAAUAAUUCUCUGGUUUUGUUUUAUUCAAGUCAAAUGAGAGAAGAUCCGCUCGCAAGAAGAUUUAUUGAAGAUUUGAAAGAAAAACUAACCAAUGAAAAUUAUUAUGUCAAAGAUGCAAAUUGUAUUUUAAAUUCUCUUACAAAAACCGAUCAAGUGAUAUUUAUCUGCGAUGGAAGUGAAAAUACUGAUUUUAAUCGAUUAAUUAUUGAAUAUGUGGAAAAUAAAACUCAUCAAAUCAACACAUUUCGUGAUGUUUUCAUUUUUGUAAAUAAUUCAAUCGAAAGAUUUUCCUGUCGUCUUCUUCAAACAAUUCCUUUCAUAACUUUCGAUUUUUCUCCAAUAAAAUUUCAAUUAAACAAUGCUGAAUUCGACGAAUUGCUUUAUUAUAUAAAAAAUAUGAAUAUUCUCUCGAGAAAUUAUGCGGAUGAUUUUCAAGAUGUAAAUCGUUCGUUAGACGAACGACCAUUGCAAUGUACAAGUGUUGGAGAAGGUUGUGCUGCAGCGUUUUAUUUUAAUUAUCUCAAAUUACUUUCACCUUUACCAGAUCAUCGAUCUCGUGUUGAAUCAAUAAAAAAAGAUUUUGACGAAGAAAUUGUUCAUAAAGAUCGAUGUAAAUUUAUUUCGAAAUGGGUUUUUGUUCUUCCUUGGGCUAUUAAAGAUACUUUAAAGAUAUUUCCUAAUGCCAUGUCGUUAACCGAAGACGAAAGAAAUAUAAUUGGAUUUGAACUUAAGAUUUGGAAACAAUCAAAAUUGAAUUUAACUGUGACAGUUGGAGGAAUUUAUCAAAGAUCGUAUUCACCACUGACAAUUUAUCGAUUAACUCGAUUAGAUACAGGAGAGACAUUUUAUUUUCCAAUGGAGAUUCCUGCGGCUUUACAUGGUUUGCAAAAUCAAUAUAAUAAUCUUCUUUCGCAUUUUCAUUUUGGAACAUUCGAUUCUUUGGAACAAGCGAUGAAAUUUCAAGAGAAAGUCAAGGCAUUUUUUGAGAAUGAUCCGGAGAAAAUCUGGCAGAAAAACAUUCUGAUCGUUCCACUUGAAAAACCUCGUGAAAUUCGUGAUUCCGAUCAUUUUCAGUUAACAAGAAUUCUAUUGAAAACCUUAUGGACAAAACUUUCUUCUGCUCUUUAA